GUGAUCGUUCCGGCAAAAGCGAUUAUUGACGACUUGAAAGCUGAAGAGGGGAAUCGGAAGAAAUUAUUAGAUAAUGUGAAAUAUCGUGUGGGAUGGGAGAAGUAUCAGAAAUCACAGAAAGAUAAAGAAGAUGCGGAGGCUGAACGUGAGAGGGUGGCGUAUUCACAGAUUGAUUGGCAUGAUUUUGUUGUGGUGCAAACGGUCGAUUUUCCGAUNAAUGAUACAGCGACCCUUCCACCGUUUUGUACACCGAAAGAUGUUGGCGCACGAAUAUUGAUGCAACAAAGACAGGAAGCUGCAGCUAAAGCUGCCGCCGAGCAAGCAGUUGAAAUGGAUGUGGAGUCGGAUUCGGAUGAUGAAACGGAGGAAAUACAUAAUGAG